UCAGUUGAAGGUGGCGCGUUGCGCUCGGCAGUUCGUGUGUUCGUUGUCUGAGCUCCAUUUGCGUUUUGUCGUGCACUCAGAUAGCAGCUGGUAAUAUCGGUCAAGUUCAGCUCCUUUCCAGAAUUGCACAUUGACGCAUUGAAUUGCUGUGCGGGGCAGGUGAAAUUCACUUUUUAAUUGCAAAUAAAAGCAAAAGUGAAAAUAUAAAAUUAUAAAUACUCAAGAACUUGUCACGGUGCCAAAUAUUAUGCACAGAUAAAGUUUAAAAAGGUGUGUUCUCGCCUUCCAUUUACAAACAAACUAGAAAAAUAUAGUAUACAUGUGUAUAUCUGUGCGAUCUACAUCUACAUAAUUAUUUCAAAGGUCAUAAAACAAUUCAAAGACCCUUAUCGUCCGUUGUUCUUAUGUAAAUUCGAUCGCGAUCGUAAAAACAAAAUACUUAAAUAAAACAAUUUGCGCAGCAGCUUUCGAAAAAUCAAUUAUUCGCUCUUCCAGCGAUUCCGCUAAAUAACACAACGACAAAAUCAUCAAUAAAUAAAGAUGAGCACUGCCGCUGUCAUGGAGUUGGCCGUUGCCCAUCGCAAGGAACAGGCGAAUGUAGGCACAUUGCUGGCUCGCCGCUAUGCGGAUUUGUUGCAUGCUGAAAAGCACACCGACUGUGUGUUCCAUGUGUGCGAACAACAGUUGAAGGGUCACAAGUUGAUCCUAAGCGCAGCCAGUCCCGUGUUUGAGGCAAUGUUCUAUGGACCACUGCAGGAACCGGAACCGGAGAUUGAGAUACACGACAUCAGUGCGGCAAUCUUCAAGGUGCUCAUCGAAUACAUCUACAGCGGCAGCGUGGACUACGAGUGCUUGCAGCUGGAGGAAUGCAUUGAACUCUACUAUGCCGCCGAGAAGUAUCUGCUGGAUCAACUCAUAACCGAUGCUUUACUUGCUGUAUCCCGCAAGCUGCGCUUCUCUAACGUUCUGCCAGCCCUGGAAUUAAGUGUGUGCAUGGGUCUGGACAGACUGCUGGAUGUGUGCAUGUCAUUUUUUAUGCGCUGUUGCGUCAACAAUGAUCAGUACUUGAGCUAUCUGAAGGAAAAUUACGUCCACGUGUCCAAGGAAUGCGUCAAGUCCAUUAUUGCCGCAAGCAAAGAGCCGCACAAACUGCUGCUUUGGUACGUUUAUGAGUGGACACAACAGGAGUGCGAUGAUGCCGGUCUGGGAGAUGGCCACCUGGCAGGUUACGCCUCCCCCCCCGAAGCCGCCAACAGCCGGGAUGUUGUGCCAGCCACGGUCGUGGAACGCUGCUACUACAAAGCCUGCCGUCCAUUCACAAUCGAUGCCGAGUCCAAUGUGUGGCGUCUGGAUAUGAAGUGUUCUCGUUUCAUUUCCGUGCUGGGUCUAGUGCUUAACAGUCGACUGGCACCCAAUCUCACCUGCCACAUUGGCCGCGUACCGCAAGAAUAUCGCGAAUCGUUGCGCAUUGAUCUUUACGCCGACGGUGACGAUCCUGUGUGGACGCACAUCAUCCAGAAUCAGUUGACCAAGUACAAUUGUGAUUUGCAUUUGAGUUGGAGCCGAGAACAGGCCUGUGUGUUGACGCCCGAGGUGCAGUACGUGUUGCAGCUGCGUUGGGAGAGCAGCGCCUUUGGGGCAGAGUAUCCAUGUAGCCUGCAGUCUUGUUUAGUCGAUGGCAUCCGCUUUAUCGAUGGCGACUCCUUCAGUGGCAGCCUAGUCAAGGGGCUGCGAUAUGUGAAUCUAGUCUAGGCACUUUCUUUAGCUAAACAUUUACUUUAUUCGUAAACACUGUGUAUUUAUUGCUUUAAGUUAAUGUACGAGCUUCAGAGUUCAAUAAACUGUGAAAUUCGUUGAAAGAUUAUCGUAAAGAAACGUAUUCAAAAAGCCGGUUUUAUGUCUCGUUUGUUUCCGUCAGCUGAUAGGUUACUCACGUGCCAGCUUAUAAAUAAACAAAGCUUUAGUUUAAUAAAAAAUUAUUCACCUCAGUAUAAACUUGCAAUAUUAAAUUGACGAUAGGUUAAUAUUAAAUUUAAAAAUAAUAUUUAAUAUUUUUACGAGAAUAUGGUAUGUUGCGUAUCAUUGAUUAAUACUAUCGUUGUUGCUUAUUGAAUUUUAUCGUAAUGGAACCUAAACUCAAUUUAAACCACAAUCUGCAUAUUUAUCUGCAUACCCAAUAUUGGUUUUCUGGUUUCAGAUUGCAUUUCAAAUAAAAGUAUCUUCAUUCAUCGUGUUACUAAUUUGUCUCAUCACUGCCAUUAAUGUAGCCAGUCAAGACUGUAUAUUUUGAAUCAUCUAUUUAGUAUAUUUGCCGGCAUAUUUGCAAAUUCUAGUUGCGGUCACACUGUGUGCCACAGUUGUUUAUUAUUCGCGGUAAAUGAGAAGAAAAAUAA